AAAAAAAAAAACAUCAACCUAACAUGCUAGGACAGCCACCCAGUUCCCGCUUUGGCCGCUUGCGAUGUACGGAGAAAGAAGAAACAAGAUGGGCAUCUCCGUCGGUCUGCACAUUCCUCGGAGCUCUGGGAGUCCUGGACAUCCAGAUUGCCUGCUGCAUUACGUAUGCCUUCCUGGCUGGCCUCCUUGUCAAAUUUGUUUUGGUGUGCCUUACUGUCUCACUCUGGCGAGUCACAUUGCUGGGUGUGCUGCCCCCCAUGUUUGCCCACCUUGACCUUUCCAAGCAUGCCCGUCCAGCUUGAAAAGGCCCCCUGGUGCGGUGAGGACGGAAGGCAUCCAAGAAAGCAUGGAUAAGCAGAAGUGGGCGAUGUUACAGACUUUCCAAGUCCCAGAUCCCAUUCUGCUAUCAACACACCCACUUUGACCGACAUGAUAGUCAGAAGACGGACGGUGGGCAAGUUCAUGACCUGGUCGGCCAGGUAGAUCUCGUAGAUAGGCAGUAGGGAGAGUACGGUCAAAGGUACUGCAUAAUAGAC